CGUCUUGGCCGCACUGGUGGCCCCUCCGCGCACGGAACGCGAACAGCUCGACUCGCAGAACGCGUCAGAUAGAUCCGGCGGAAAGAAGGGCUCACGCGGACGCUUUUUUUCCUCGACAGCGGUGGCGGCAGCGGCGGCGGCAGCGGCGGUGGCGGCGGAGACGGAGCAGCUGCUGCAGCCGGUGCAGUAGUCCACAGGUACGCGACGCGUUUGGGUGGCUGCAUGUGUUGUGUGUUCGUGCACGCGCGUACGUUAUUCGCCCGCCGACGAUCGAUACCGGUUGUGUGACUGACUGCGUGACGACACGUUUACCGUCUUGUCCGACCUUCUCGAUCGCGUUCGGUUAUGUCGUCCGUGUCCCUCGUCGACGUUUGACCCGCGGUCCAUGUGCAAUCCCUCCGCGCGCGAAAUCCGUCCGCGACAACGUCCCUACGUGCUGAACCCUAUCGCGUCCGUCACGCGAUCGGCGUCGUAGCAUUAGGUGUGCCGCCGGUACGGACAAGCGGACACGCAGCGCCCGUGCCCGUUGUCCGCGCAGUACGCGCGCGUUCGCCAACAGGAAUCUCUGCAGAUCGACGCGCGGACGGACCACGGUUUGGACGGAGCAGCACUACCGAGGCGUUCCGUCACAUGAAAAUUUAAUAUGCCCGGACAACUCUCUGUGUGGCCCGUAUGCCUUUUCAGUGUCAGUAAACCAGAAAUUGGACGAAUCAAGAAUUCUCAUUCUUCCUCAAAAAGGUGUAAUGAAGCGCGGCGCAUGUCCGAAGGUGGUCUCGUCAUGCCUUCAUGCUUGGCUGCCAACUUCAACAACAACAACACCACCAACAACAAUAACCGAUCGCAGCAAACUGGCGUUCUCAGACGAAAGUUCAGCUUCCCCGCGGUGCUGCAGUCGCAGGGCCUACAUGCUGAGCUGGGUGGUAUCGACUUCGGCGGCAGCGGCGGCAGUGGCGGUGGUGGCGGCCCGUCCAUGGCAGUGGCCACGGCACGCCGGCGGUUCAGCAACGUCAGCGAUGUGGUGUCCCGCAAACUAUCGCACACGAUCGGCUGGCGGACGGCCGUGCCGACGGAGCAGAUAGCGCGACAGGGCAGGGCGCUGUGUGUGCAGUACGUGCGGUGGAAGUUGAAACGGGCCGGCGCAUACACGAAGAAAUGCGCGGCGGCGCUGCGUUGCGCGCGCGCCACGGCCAUUGCGUCCACGGCCACGGCGGACGUUGCCGGCGGGUUCUUCAUACCGCCGCUGCAGGUCGGCGGCUCGGCAGCGACGGGGACGGCGAACGAUCGGGCGGCGGACGGGUUGCGCCGCGAAGUGUUCCCGGCCAUGCUCCGGGUCGGGCUGCAACUGGAACGGCUCGACCCGAAACUGUACGCGACCGGCAUGACCGCGAACGACACGCCGAUGUCCACAGCCGCCGCAGCCGCGCUCUCGCACCGCCUGAUGCAGCGGCCGGCGUUCAGGAGGAAUGCCGCGGACACGGCCACCGCAGCCGUCGUCCUAGUGUCUGUUUCCCGGGAGCUGUUCCGGGCCGGCGCACAAGUCACCUGGGCCAAGGUCGUGUCGCUGGUAUGUGUGGCCGCCGGACUGGCCGUCGAGUGCUCGCGCCGCGGCCGCGCCGAACAACUGCCCGGCCUGAUCGAGGCCGUCGGCGAGGUGAUCGAAGACGACUUGGCCGCCUGGAUCCAUUACAAUGGUGGAUGGAUGGGACUCCAGUCGUACUGUAAACCAAUUGUCGUCAACGUCGAAAACCCCAUUUCCACGCAGAUCGUGUACCUGGUAUCAUGCCUUGUUGUCAUUAUAUUUUUUUUGUUGAUGUUGAGAUGGUUUGACUUCAUAUCUAUGUUCCGGUGAAGUAGAUCGCGCAUAACAUAUUAAUUUACAGGUGUACAAUGUACUUAUAGAACCUAUACAGCUUCAGACGAUUGUUUUACCACGCAUUAGAUAAUGAAAUGUUAAGGCAUAACGUAAUACAUGUAACUGUGUAAGUUGUAUUAUUAUUUGUACCUAUACCUAUGCAAUUAUAUUAUUUUUAUCUGUAAAACCGAUUGUUUUCGAG